AUGUCAUCUCCUUCUAGGAUCGACUCCGGCCUUCCUGUCGAACCCGUCCCUUCUUCCUUCACUCCAUCUACAUCAAUAGCCCUUACGGGCGUCCAAAGAGCGUUAACAGCCCUCAAGUCCGCCCUUGAUCAUUCGCACAUGGCUCAAAGCUUUUACUCCAUAUCUAUGGGCUCACCUGAGGGUGGAACUUUCCCCAUCAGUAAUGGAGAUGGUACGGUUUGUAAUUAUACCCGGAAUGACGCUUCUCUUUGGGCUCAAACAUAUCAUCAAUCAGGAGAACAAUAUAUGAUAUCAGCUUUGAACGAGAUGGCCACUUAUCAUGAUCCGACCACUUACAUCAAUGUCCCGGAUACUAGGUUCUUACGAGCCGUUUCGGUGACGAAAGACGCGGUGGAGAAUGAGACGAUGAACGAAAAGGCUCGGAGAGUGGCGUUGGAUUGGAUGGGUACGCAGACGGAUCUAGCAACAUCUUGGAUAGCGGCUUUGAGUAGUAUACAUACGUUGCCAGCAGGUGAUUGGGAGUUGAAAGAUGAGUUGAGGACUGUUAUCUACACACCUAUGUAG